GUCGGUUCUUUGAAUUUACCUCUCAUCUUGCUGUUAUUGAACAUUAAUAACAAGGUGCCGGGAGCGAGCUGAACUAAGCUCGUACAAAUUAGUUCAAGAUGUCUGCGAGUGCCGUGUACGUGUUAGAUCUAAAAGGAAAGGUCCUGGUGUGCCGAAACUACCGGGGAGAUGUGGACAUGUCAGAGAUUGAGCACUUCAUGACCCUUCUGAUGGACAAAGAGGAGGAGGGGACCCUCUCUCCUAUCCUGGCCCAUGGCGGAGUCCGCUUUAUGUGGAUUAAACACAAUAACCUCUACCUGGUUGCAACAUCCAAGAAAAAUGCUAGCGUCUCGCUGGUCUUUUCCUUCUUGUACAAAAUUGUCCAGGUUUUUUCAGAGUAUUUCAAAGAGUUAGAGGAAGAGAGUAUUCGCGAUAACUUUGUUAUCAUAUAUGAGUUGAUGGAUGAACUGAUGGACUUCGGCUAUCCUCAGACCACUGACAGCAAGAUUCUGCAAGAAUACAUAACCCAGGAGGGUCACAAGCUAGACACUGGUGCCCCACGACCUCCUGCCACAGUCACCAACGCAGUCUCUUGGAGGUCAGAGGGUAUCAAGUACAGGAAGAACGAGGUCUUCCUGGACGUCAUUGAAUCAGUCAACCUCCUGGUUAGUGCCAAUGGUAAUGUUCUACGCAGUGAGAUCGUUGGCUCCAUUAAGAUGCGAGUCUUCCUAUCUGGAAUGCCCGAGUUGCGGCUGGGCCUUAAUGAUAAGGUUCUGUUUGAAAACACUGGACGAGGGAAGAGUAAAUCAGUAGAGCUGGAGGACGUGAAGUUUCACCAGUGUGUCCGCCUGUCUCGCUUUGAGAAUGACCGCACAAUCUCCUUCAUCCCUCCGGAUGGAGAGUUUGAGCUCAUGUCUUACCGCCUCAACACUCACGUGAAGCCCUUGAUCUGGAUUGAAUCUGUAAUUGAGAAGCAUUCCCACAGUCGCAUUGAGUACAUGAUUAAGGCAAAGAGUCAAUUUAAAAGGCGUUCCACUGCUAACAACGUGGAGAUCCACAUUCCUGUGCCAACUGACGCCGACUCACCCAAAUUCAAGACCACGGUGGGCAGCGUGAAGUGGGUGCCUGAGAACAGCGAGAUCGUCUGGUCAAUUAAGUCCUUUCCUGGCGGAAAGGAGUAUUUGAUGCGAGCCCACUUUGGUCUGCCAAGUGUAGAGGCUGAAGAUAAAGAGGGAAAACCACCAAUCAGUGUCAAGUUUGAGAUCCCAUACUUCACCACCUCAGGCAUCCAGGUGCGCUACCUGAAGAUCAUUGAGAAGAGUGGAUAUCAGGCUUUGCCGUGGGUGCGCUACAUCACCCAAAACGGAGAUUACCAGCUCCGGACCCAGUAGGCAGCACGUCAGCCGGCAGUAGGCAGGUGGAAAGCAGAGGGGGUGGAGUAGUGAUGCUAAUGUGCUAUCAAUGGCAGGUGUCCAUCACGAAACCACAGUAUCUACAUUUUGUGUUUGCAUUAGUUGAUGUUAUAUUCAUUUCUGAUCAAUGCAAUUAUUAGAUGGAACCUUCAGUUAGUAAGGUUAAAUUGAUUUAUGUAUGAUUUACUACUGUGGGCCUCGUCAUGUACGUGAGGCCAAGGAAAGCAGGAGUUUGUUGUAUGUUUACAUCCAACCAUUGCAAAUCUCUACACAAUCUAUGUGAGUGGGCCAAAUGGCUUGAUAUCGGAUGUUACAUCUCUUAUUUACUGUCCCUGUAGUCACCUCCACACAGGUCAAUAACACACUUACAUGAGUAUUAUUUUUUUCUUUUAUAUCUGAAGCUGCUUUUUUGUCAGAAUUCUGUUUGUUGACUAUCUGUAUAUAUUUGUUACACAUUAAUGCCCUCAGUGUUAUCAGUUUGAUACUGUAAAUUGAUUUCAUUUUAUACCAUCCUCCUUACGUGAUGCCAUUGAAUGUCAAAGCAAUGCCUUCCUGCUUGGCUGCUAUGAUUUCAAUUUGCCAGUCUGAGUCCCUAGACAUGCAGCUUUGCAAAAACUAUUAGUCAGUGAGUUUAAGUUGCAGGUUAAAAAAAAAUCCAAGUAAAAAAAUGCUGUCCACCUGUUCCUGUUUUCCCUGUCUGUAACCGUGCUAUUUUAAAUCAUUAAAUGUCUAUUUAGAGAAAACCG